AUGCCCGGUCAACCCAAGUCAUCGCGUCAGCAAUACAGUGCAUGCGGAGCAUGCCGAAUGCGCAGAGUUCGCUGUGAUCUGAAAGAUUUGCCAAUUUCGGCGUCUGGCCAACACCCUCCAUGCUCCAACUGCAGCGAACGCGGUCUCAAAUGCGUGGACGAAUUCGCGGAAGUCAAGGCUGUCAAGUUGCUUCGACGCGGCCGGCGGCUGCAACAAGUCGAAGCCGUCUAUGGCCAGAACGCGUCCGAGGAUAGCUCUCUCCAUUCAGUUUCGGCUCCUCAGAGCGUCAUUCCCGGGUUGAAGGAUGAAUUCUUCAGUUCCCCGUUCUUUCACAGGCUCCAUAUUCAGCGACCCAUCAUCGAGCCUAUGGAGUUUUGCCCGCGAUUCUUUGAGUUCUCCAAAGGCAACAAAGAUGCUCUCCAAGUUCCGGGGCAGCUGAUCGCGUUACUUCUCGUGAUAUGGGCAGCCAGUUUCGGGGUCAACGAGUACGGCGUAGAAGAAGUCUGCGACGGUCCAGUCAACCUGAGACGAAGAAGAGACAUUGUCAACGAAAUGCUCCUCGAGGUACUCUACCUCGUUGACAUUCACGGAAUACUGCGAAAACCCACUUGGGACGGCGUAAGAGCGCUUCUGCUUAUCUUGCCGCUCACGCAAGAAGUGCAAUCCCCAGUCGAGCGAAUGGCAAUGCAUGAGGCCACUAUUAGUCAAGUCUACACGCUGUGUAGUCUAGCCUCGGUAUCGUCAGUGAGCAGCGGCCAAGGAGACUAUGUCGACGCUCUAGUCCGCGCGCGCGUUUUCUGGUAUACAUACGUUCUCGAUGGCGUUACCAGUGCCCUGAGAGGGGGUCGUAUACUGCUAACUGAUGAUGAUCUAUCAUCGUUCGAAGCCACCUUGCCUCCUCUUGGUGACAAUUCCGGGACAUCCGCUUGCUACGCGUUUUCGUAUCGGUAUGCCACCAUUCCUAUUCGCAUUGCUUCGGCAUGUCGGCAGUUACACUCGGCCUUGACUGGGCCUAAGGCCCGUCAGAGAAAUAAUGUUGACGAGGACAAGCUACAAAGUGUCUGGCAGACUCUGGACCAAUGCUGGAAGGACUUUGACGGGUUGCGACAAUUCGGCACCGCCGGUUUCGUGCAGUCGGAAGACGUUGAACGGUUUAUUGAUGGGUGGCAGGUGUUCAUCUUCGAGUGUCACAACGUUAUCCGUGAGGCACUCAAGCAGCGACUUACCAGACCUGCUCCGGAUCUUUCUCUGAUUCCCGAAGCACAUCGGGCUAUGCGGGCUCGCGAAUACGAAGUCCUCGGUCGCGUGCACGAUAAGGCGAGCCAUAGAUGCCAGAUUAUCGUCCGUGACGUGGUGUCCAUCCUCCGCAGGAACAUCGGCCAGCAACUGUUCAAGUACGAUGCCGCGCUCAUUCGCGACGGGUGUUUCUUCGCAGGUUUCCUGUUGGCGGGGGAGUCCGGCAACGGCGAGGACAUCGAGACGUGUCUGCAUGCCCUCAAUGAGAUGCAUUGGGCAUUCUCGAAGAGCGAAGAGAGAGAACAGACUGUGAGGAUGGUGUGGGAAGCACGUCUAUCACAGUCUCGUCCUAGUACCAGGGGCUUUGGCUACAGCCCCACAAACGAUGCGAUGCGGCCAUCAACGUCCGAAGCUCCCUAUUCGAGGCGGCCCACGCUUAGACCUCUCAGUGUCCCUCCACUAUCGUUGAACUCCUUCCCGGGUUCACUGGGAUCGAUAUCAGCCCCCAGCACAGCUUGCUCAACGGACGGGAAUUGGCCAUCUACAAUUUCGACAACGAGCUCCGGUACCGAUCCAUACAGGAGCUAUCCGUCGACAGCGAACAGGUCGCCACCGUACGUGCCUGCACAUAAUGGCUUGGUGCUCGAUACUGCUCUUCCCCCGAAACACGAUCUGAUCGCCUCACCGACGUAUGUCCUUAGUAGCACGGGACUGUCUGCCGGGCGCACGAACGAGACAGAUUCCGAACAGGUGUUUUUCUUCACACCAUACAGCUACAUGGGAAUGGGGGAUACCCAAGGGCCACAUCAAUCAGCUAUUCUUCCGGCCGCAACGUCGAGCCACUCACCCACCUUCUCGUCCUCGCAGUUUUUUGACGCUGCGGGCGUCGUCUUUCCCAACGGAACGAUUGCGCAUUCAGGCUCAGGAACUGGAAAUAUGUCAACAACCAGCGCCGGGAACAGCGGCAGCCGUCAUAUCGGCGGGGGCGACUUUUACCACUGA